UGCACUCCACGACCGCGGUGUCCGGACCUGGGCCAGGAGAGGAAGCCGGAGUAGGCAUGCAGCGUCCAGGUCUGCAAGGGCAUACCAAGGAUACGCGGAUAAUGGAUACUCGUUGCCAUCAUAAUGCUCUGACGUCCUUCAACGAACAAUGGAGGCAGUCAUCUCCUCUUCUGGUGAUGUUUCUGUCCCUUGCUCUGCUCCAGAGUGAGCAUCUGAUGUCCAUCCUCUCAAAUGUUUUUAUAUUUUCAAAAGACUCCCCAUGCAGUAAUAAUAACUUGCAAUCAAUCGAAAAGAUUAAUAGUUUUGCCCUUGCCCCUGAAAUCUCAGAACCGAAAGCAGCACAGCAGGAAAACGACAUAAACACGUGGGAAAACCGCGAGACGGUUGCAACGUCCACCACGCCACCGCGUGCGUCACGAGGUCGCUACCCCGACCGCGUCCACGAAUGUUCUGGUCUCCUCCAGCGCUAGAAACCGACUUGCCCAAAACUUGCUCCAUGUCCAUGACCAUGCUCCGCCGUAUAUAAGCCGGGUCGCGUCCCCUCCCUCCCUUCACCAAUCCGAGCAAGCAAGCAAGCAAAGCCAAUUGAUUGAUUCAAGCAAAGUCAUACAGGGUGCGUGCAAGAAAAAGCAUCGGCCACCGGAGCUGCACAAGGUGUUAGCCUUCUCCAUCGAGCAUCGAGCAUGGACAAGGUGCUGGCCUUCUCCAUCCUCAGCGCGUCGCCGGCCGACAUCGCCGCCGGCGCCGGCUCCGGCACCAGCCGGGCUCGGUUCUCAUGGAAGGGGAGGAAGCUGCGGGACGAGGACCAGGGCGCCAGAGCAGGGCAAGAGGGGAAGAAGCAGGGCGGGCCGCCGACGGAGGCGGAGCAGCAGCCGGGCAAGGGGAAGUCGCCGACGUUGCGGCUGCCGCGGCUCGCGCCGGAGUUCGACGGGAUCGACUGCUUCGAGACCAUCGUGUGCCACUGAUCAAUCAGUGAGUGAAUCACGAGCUGCUCCUGGUCCAGCCGCGCGUGCGUGCGAGACUAGCUCUUUCUUAGUCCGAUCACCGUACGAUCGGCGUGUUCGUUUGUUGUGCUUCUGACUGAAGCCCCGUGUUGUACAGAGUACAGAGCGAGCAAGAAACCAGUUUUCGCCGUGAUUA